GUACUGCAAAAUCCUCUACUAAAACUGACAACUUCUAAUAUCCUACGCAAGCCUGAAAAGGCAAUUGUUAUUACGACGUAAAGGUUUAACUCCUAAUGAUCAACCCCCCUACUCUACAUGGGUUUUCCUCCUGUCCGGAAUUAAAGUACCGAGAUGCAUAAAAGCCGUUAAGGCCUGAUAUUUUACCGCGACCUUACAAUAGGUGACUGUUGGUGAUUAGUGACGUAAACAUCAAGCAGGGCAGAUCGCGAAUAUAAACGUCGUCACAGAACACGACCAUUACAUUCAAGCCAACAACGACAUCAACCAUCCUAGGGACAGCGCAUUCUUCUUUUACAGAAUUUAAACUUCAAUCAAGUAUUUCCAAAUCUACGCCCAAUACAUAAUAAAAUGCUCCAAGUCGCUGGCAAAGAAGUAGGCCCUAUUGGCUUUGGCCUCAUGGGAUUGACCUGGCGAGCCAACCCAUGCCCCCAAGAGCAAGCCUUUGAGACAAUGCGUACAGCACUCAAGAAUGGAUGUAACCUUUGGAAUGGCGGCGAGUUCUACGGGACGCCCGACUACAAUAGUUUAGUACUCCUAGAAAGGUACUUCGAAAAGUACCCUGAAGACGCCGACAAGGUGGUCAUCUGCAUCAAGGGUGGCGUGAACCCUACAACUCACCAGACAGACGGCUCGCCCGAGAACACGCGCCGCUCUAUCAACGAUAGCAUAGCCCAGCUCAAGGGACGCAAGAAGAUGGAACUAUUCGAGUUCGCUCGCCGGGAUCAGAAGGUACCGAUGGAAGUCACUUUCGAUGUUGUGAAUAAGGAAUUCGUCCAGACAGGCAAGAUCGGGGGCAUCUCUCUGUCAGAAGUGCGAGCCGAGACGAUCCACGAAGCUGUCAAGCACGUUAAAGUCCACUCCGUAGAAGUAGAACUCUCGCUGUUCUCGACCGACGUACUGGAGAAUGGUGUAGCAGCCGCUUGUGCCCAGUAUGGGAUCCCGCUCAUCGCAUACUCGCCGAUCGGCAGGGGUAUGUUGACGGGUCAGAUCAAAAAGAUCGAAGACAUCCCGGAGGAUUCAAUGCUGCGUCGCUUUCCCCGGUUUCUGCCAGGGAACUUCGAGAUCAACCUGGAGCUGGUCCGCCAGGUCGAGGAGCUGGCCAAGAAGAAAGGCUGCACACCAGCCCAGCUCGCCAUCAACUGGACCCUGGCGAUAUCGAAGCGCCCCGGGAUGCCGACUAUUAUCCCGAUUCCCGGUGCUACGACAGCGGCGCGGGUGGAGGAAAAUAGCAAGCUCGUAGACAUCACUGAUGAGGAGAUGGCCGAGAUCGACGCUACCUUGUCCAAGUUCAAGACAGCUGGCGAACGCUACCCCGAUACCGUUCCUACGAACACGUAAACCUAUAGGGGUCUUGCCUAUGGGAUGCCAGCCAAAGUCAUGAGAAACGCAUUUCUCAUGUACAUAUUAGUUAUAGCCUAGGCGGGCAUAGCAUAGUUGAGUGGGAGUAGACCUUGGGUAUGUAUUAUGAUGAAUAACUAAAGCAUCUACGUAAGUGAAUUCAUUUCAAGUUCAUGAUUUACUAAAAUUAGGUGAAGAAUAAAUUAGUUGAAAUUGAAGUAGCUAAAACUAAAUAUUUGCAUACAAGAAUAUGAGCGGUAGAAAUAUAUCUCUUAAUAAGCUAGAUAGGGGUCGCUUUUUUACGCUUGUCUAGGUACGUUGACGUGUCAGAGAAUACCUACAUAGAGUAGUAUUCAGUUGCUUCCCUAGUAAAUAUUAUAUGGGCUCAUGCUGUUAUUAUAACAAGCUCCUCAUGUCAUUUAAUACCGAAUUAGAUCCGCUGGUAACGAGGCUUGGUUCCAUGGGAUGAUCCUUAAGAGAUGGCGUCUAUCGCGGAUACAACUAUGUCUAUCUACCAAACUAUUGAGAUACCUGGGUCGGACACACCUGGGGUAAAAAGCCUUCAGUUACAGUAUACCAAUG